GCUCCAUUAGAAAUGAUUUGGUUGAUCUCGUUGCUGAGGAUCAACCCCUUGUUUUAAAUUAAGAUGAAAGAAAUAGGUUGUUUCCCAGGGUCAUACUAUAAGUAUUUUGAGAGAAGUUUUGAAAUUAGAUCUUUCUGACUUUGAUCCCAUUAUUUCUACAUUUACAUACAUAUGGCCUCCUUUUGAAUUGUUUUUAAUUAGAAAUUAAUAAGAUUUUGUGAUGUUAGUACUAUACAUUCUUAAUAGAAUUCAGAAGAGUUUGAAAUAAGUUUCCUAGGCUUAAAGGCAUAAAUAGAAGUAGAAUUUGUCUCCUUGCCAUAAAUUUAAUAUUUUCAACAAUGCCAUACUCCUGUUAAUGGUAAAAUGCUGAGAAAGAUAGGAAAAUUCAGUGAAUGGUACCUCUGAAACAAAAAAUGAACACAAUAUCUAGUGAGCAAUAGUUAACUUAUUUAUUAUGCAUUAUGGACAGAUUAAGCAGAAAGAGGCCUGAAGAAAGGCUACUAGAUUUGCUGAUAAGAAGGCUAUUGGUAACUUUUGACCUAGAGUAAUGGUUAGGAAAAAGCCAGACCUCAAGGGGAAUCCAAACAUUCAAUGAGUUUCUAAAGAGUUUUAAUAAAUGAAGAAUAGUAAAAAUGGAAUGAUGCCUGGAUGGAUUAGAAAGUAUAAAAGAAAAAAGCUUUUUGUUACUUUUUAUUCUAAUCAGGGAGGAGAUAUUGUUAUGUGGGAAAGACUUAGAAAAUGAGAUUGAAGAUAAACAUUAUCAGAGAGUAGGAGGUGAUUGCUAUAGCAGGAUCUUAGAGGAGGCCAGAGGAAAUAGGAUCAAGAGCACAUUUACUAGGAUUAUUUGGAGUAAGAUAUUUGUCAACCAUUUCUUCUGCAGUCUGAAGGACAGAAGAAUAAAGGAAGGCUGAGAUGUUUAGAGGAAUGGAAGAAGGGGAAGUAAGGGAGUUCCAUUUGGAGAGUAUGAAUCUUCUCAAUCAAGUAGGAUGCUCUGUAGAUAAGAAUUAGGAGAAUAAAGUAGAAAAUGGAAACUCUCACCAAGGUAGUAGUGGACUCUCUGAAAGUUUGAUUGGACCAAGGAGAAUGAGACAUUGAUGAAUUAUUAGAAUAAAAUUUAAAGAUCAGAAAAACAUAUUAGAAAAAGCUACAAGCUAACCAUUAUCAAAACAACGACCUAGAAAAUAGAUUAAGGAGAAAUAACUUAAUAGUCAGGCUUCUAGAAAUCCAUAACCAAGUUUCCUAUCACCAUAUGCCAUAUUUCAAAAACUGUAUUCAAAAGAAUACCCAGACAACGAACUAGUGGGCCUAGUGAAAAUAGAAGCAAUCCAUCAAUCACUUACUGAAAGAAAUCCCCAGUGAUGUCAUACCCAAAAUUCAGACAUUGCAAGGCAGUGGGGAAAAGUACUGCAAAUAUCCAGAAAGAGUUUAAUAGUUAAGAAUCAGUCAGGACACAUAAUUCUUGGCAGUUCUUGCUGUAAAGGUGCCAUUUCAAAAGAUAAAGGAUUGUGACCAAAAAUAACUUGGCUUCCAUAACCAAAUAUAAUUAUGGUAGAGGAAAGAGUGAGGAAUAGAUCUUUCAUGGAAUAAUAGGUUGUUAAAGAUUCUGUAUUAAAAUACCAAAACUGAGUAGAUAUUUAGAAAUGACAACAUUCUAACAGAAAUCUAAAAAAAGCAAAUACAUUUGAGUAGUAGGAAGGGGAUAAGUAAUGUUAAGUGUUCACAUUCUAAUAGUUAAAGGACAAGGAUUCCUUCAGAAUCCUAAUGAUUUUUUUUCUUUUUUUUUUUUAAGUUUAUUUCCAUAUUAGCUGUAUUACCUACCUUUCAACCCUUCCUCGCCCCCCAAAACCCACAAGCAAAUACAAUCAAGAAACAUGAAGUGAAAGAAGUUGCUUUAAUCUGACUUAGUCUAUGAGUUCUCUCUUUGGAGACUCCAUUUACUUUUGGCUUGGGUCAGAGAGCACCAUAUACAACUGGAGAGCAUUGUCUUCUUUGUAGAAGUGAGCGGAAAGAUUCCUCACUUUCAGAGAGUGGGAUUAAAAAUUCUAGCAAAAUGGCACUUUCUACAUCUCCUAAAGCAAAUAGUAUGCUGCAUCUUCCACUUUGGGUAUGUCCAGACUGUCGAAGAACAGUUGAGAAAGAAGAGAGGCAUGCUACCUUGGAACAAUCUCUUAUGAACCAAGAUUUCCUUUUGCACACCCCUCUUGGAAAUAGUGGAUCACAGCAAGAAUCCGUGGGAGGAGGGAGAAUCACUGUUGGAGCACAGACGGUACCCUCUGCAGAUCUCAAUAAUUCCACACCUUCAGAUAUGGGGUGUAAUUGUGAGGCAUGUAAUGAAAGAAGAGAAAUUUCAGCAGAGACUGAACGAGAAUCCCAGCAACUUCAGAAUUACUGGUCAGAAGUACGAUAUAUGGUCCGAUGUAUAUAUCGUCAAGCUGGGACCCCUUUGGCAGAUGAUCAAGACCAAUCUCUAGUUCCUGAUAAAGAGGGCAUGAAAGAGCUUGUGGAUAGGCUUUGUGAAAGAGAUCCAUAUCAACUAUAUCAGCGAUUGGAACAACAAGCAAGAGAAUAUGUCCUAGAAAUGAAAGUUCGACUCCUCAGACAUUUAUCUCUGGGAUCUAAAGUUAAAGCAACAUCAACAAUACAAGGCCCACCACAGGCACAUCAAUUCACCUCACUUCUGCUUGAGGAAUAUAGUGCACUCUGUCAAGCAGCACGCACAAUCAGCUCCUUCCUUGUCACUCUGGAGAAUGAGCAUUUGAAAAAAUUCCAGGUGACAUGGGAACUGCACAAUAAGCACCUGUUUGAAAAUUUGGUCUUUUCUGAACCACUUCUACAGAACAGCUUGCCGACACUGCUUUCACAGCUCAGGCUUGGAAUAACUUCACAUGAUUCCUGUAGUGAAGAUAUGUACAGUACCUUAUUACAAAGGUAUCAGCACUUAGAAGAAGAGAUGGGUCAAGUUGCCGAAGAAUGGCUUGAAUGUCAAAAAAGAAUAGAUGACUAUGUAGAUGAACAGAUGGCAAUGAAAACCAAACAGCGCAUGUUAAAAGAAGACUGGGAAUUUUUUAAACAAAGACGGUUUAUUGAAGAACAGCUAAAUAAUAAGAAAGCACUAGCAGGAGAGAACAAUUUCACAGAUACAAUGAGGCAUAUGUUGUCAUCACGUCUGAGCAUGCCUGAUUGUCCCAACUGUAAUUACAGGAGAAGAUGUACUUGUGAUGACUGCAGCCUUUCACAUAUUCUUACAUGUGGCAUCAUGGAUUCACCAAUCACUGAUGACAUCCACAUUAACCAACUACCACUACAAGUUGAUUCUACUCCUGACUAUCUUUCUGAGAUGCGUCCACCUAGUAUGUCAUCAGCAAGCUCAGGGUCAGGUUCCAGCUCUCCUAUUACAAUUCAGCAACAUCCCAGACUCAUCCUCACAGACAAUGGCUCUGCCCCAAAUUUUGGUAGUGAUGAUGAAGAUGUUGCACCUUUAUCAGCUAAAUUUGCUGAUAUUUAUCCAUUGAAUAACUAUGAUGACACAGAAGUUGUGGCAAACAUGAAUGGAAUCCAUAGUGAACUAAAUGGUGGAGGUGAAAACAUGGCAUUGAAAGAUGAGUCUCCUCAGGUAAGCAGCACUAGUAGUAGUUCUUCAGAAGCUGAUGAUGAAGAAGCAGAUGGAGAGAGCAGUGGGGAACCCCCAGGAACUCAAAAGGAAGAAAUAACUCUAGGAAAAAGAAGUCCCAGAAAAGAUGAAGCUAAAGUGGAUAGUCCACCACCAUCUUAUCCAAGUCAACAGGCUGACCCAAGUCUAAAUACUUGUGAAUGCCAUGUCUGUAAACAAGAAGCUUCUGGUCUGACAGCAUCAGCACUGGCAGCUGGACGUCUUCCUGCUGGUCACCAGUUUAUGAACCCAGAAAAACCUGCACAUCCUGCACUUCAUCUUUACCCCCAUAUUCAUGGACAUUUACCUUUACAUACUAUUCCACAUCUGCCUCGUCCUCUUAUUCACCCUACUUUGUAUACAGCAUCCCCUUUUACACACAGUAAGGCUUUACCACCAGCACCUGUUCAGAAUCAUACAAAUAAACAUCAGGUAUUCAAUGCAUCUCUUCAAGACCAUAUUUAUCCAAGCUGUUUUGGGAGUACUCCAGACUGGAAUAGUUCUAAAUUCAUAAGUCUUUGGGGAUCAGAAAUGAUGAACGAUAAGAACUGGAAUCCUGCCACUUUUUUGCCAGACACAAUUUCUGGUAGUGACAUUUUAGGACCAACACUCUCAGAAAUAAGACCUGAAGCACUUCCUACCACAUCUGGCAAUGAAACAACUCCAGUUUCUGAUAAUAAAGAGAAAAAAAAUGCUGCAAAAAAGAAAUGUCUCUACAAUUUCCAAGAUGCUUUUAUGGAAGCUAAUAAAGUUGUCAUGGCAACAUCCUCAGCUACUUCCUCUGUCUCAUGCACUGCCACCACAGUGCAGUCCAGCAGCAAUCAAUUUAAAGUGUCAUCUAAGAGACCUUCAUCAAUAGGUGAAGUAUUUCACAAUAUCAGUAAAGAGGAUCAUAGACAUUCUGCGCCAGUUGCACCAAGAAAUAGCCCUACUGGUUUAGCGUCUCUUCCUUCUCUUUCACCUGCUGCACUUUCACCAGCCUCCACACCCCAUCUUGCAAAUCUCACUGCCCCAUCCUUUCCAAAAACUGCUGCCACAGCUCCUGGAUUUGUGGAUCCACAUUCAGGGCUUUGUCCUACCACCUUAGCACCACCUACAUCUACUACCGACAGCUCAGUUAGUGCUCCACCAAGCAUCUGCAGUGACCCUGAUUGUGAAGGGCAUCGCUGUGAAAACAGCAGUGCAUAUGACCACCAGCAGUAUGAUGGAGAAGAAAGCCAGGAUGAAGAUAGCUGUUCUGAGCACAGUUCUAGUACCUCAACAUCCACAAACCAGAAAGAAGGAAAAUACUGUGACUGUUGUUACUGUGAGUUCUUCGGACAUGGCGGUCCACCAGCUGCACCAACAAGUAGAAAUUAUGCAGAAAUGAGGGAAAAGCUCCGUUUACGCUUAACGAAGAGGAAAGAAGAGCAGCCAAAAAAAACUGACCAAAUCUCUGAAAGAGAGAGUGUUGUUGAUCAUCGAAAGGUAGAAGACUUGUUACAGUUUAUAAACAGUUCAGAGACCAAACCAGUAAGCAGUACUCGGGCUGCCAAACGAGCAAGACAUAAGCAAAGAAAGCUAGAAGAAAAAGCUCGUCUUGAAGCAGAAGCUAGGGAGAGAGAACAUCACCAGCUCCUUGAGGAACAGAGGCGGCGGGAGGAAGAGGAGGAAGAAAGACUCAAAGAGGAAUUCCAGAGACUUCAAGAGCUCCAACAGAUACGAGCUAUAAAGAAAAAGAAAAAAGAUAGAACAAAUAAAGACUAUCCAAAGUUGGACAUGCUGUCUAGAAAUUUUCAGUCAGCAAAAGAAUCAGUACCAAGUUCUGAAGAGAUACGGAAUGGCACACUGGAGCAGUCUGAGAAAACAGAAACUUCCUCGAGUUCCCCUUCCAGGCAUGUUAAUCAUUUGGAACAGAGGCCAGGGCCUGAGACAGUCUGCGGACUGUCUAAUCCAGGCAACUCAAGAGACUCCAAACUCCUUUUCCAAAAAGAGCUUGGCGUGAAGCAGCAUGAGCCACUGUCUUUUCUCUUUGACAUAAUGCACCACCACAAAGAGGGGAGCAGCAAAACAAAGCUCAAGCCUGUCAGUAAGACAGCUGAAUCUCCCAAAGUGCCUGAGAGCCAGCCCAGGCCCAGGAAUCACACAGACCCCAAAGGGAAGGCGGCAGAACUCACCUCCUCUGCUGAGCAGAGAAAAGAGGAGAAGAAAGUCAACAGUAACAACAACAACAGAAAGCAACUGAAUCAUGUCAAAGAAGAAAAAUCGCUGCCAAUCCUGAUUGAAUCCCCUUCUCCAAAUGAGCAGCCCCCAAACAGCAAAUUAGUACUGGCAGAUUCUCCACAGCCGAAAGGCAAGAACAAGAAAAAUAAGAAGAAAAAAGGAGACAAAGUCAACAAUUCAAUUGAUGACGUCUUUCUUCCCAAAGAUAUUGAUCUAGACAGUGUGGAUAUGGAUGAAACUGAGAGGGAAGUGGAGUAUUUUAAAAGGUUCUGCUUGGAUUCUGCAAGACAGACAAGGCAGAGACUUUCCAUCAACUGGUCCAAUUUUAGUUUGAAAAAAACGACCUUUGCUGCCCACUGAAUGGAGACAGUCUCAGGAGGAAGCCCUGCAGGAGCCCAGCAGACUGCCCCUGCCCUACCCUGCCCUCCUGCCGCGAGUGCUGAGAGCUUCUCGGGUCUGAGCCAGCGCUGCCUUGCCUUGUCUCCAGUGCCGUGUGGGUCUGCACUGAGCCCCGGGGCCUGAGAAUUCUUGCGGCCUGAGAAAUCGCCACUUUCUACCUGAAUUUGUUAGCUUGUGUGCUUGUAGUCUGUGAGUGAGGUUUAUUUGAUUGUAGCUGUACGCUGUGGGAGUUGGAACAAUAGCUUUUCUCCAAUUCCUCCCGAUUGCCUUGGCCUCAGAGACCACCAACUGCUUCCCAGGCUUGGGUGAAGGCCAGAACACUGGUUUGCAUCAUUUGCAGUGGCGCCUGCCACACCCGCCCGCAUCUAGCUCUGUUUUCUCAUCAUCCUAAUCCAUGAUAAAGGAUUGGACCUCUCACCAUCGGCGCUGCUUUCAUCUGCUCCGGAAUUACUCCCACCACGACUUCAUGGAAAGGAGGCUCGUACGGGACAAGCAUUUCUUGAGUUCUCUUUCACAAUCUACUGUUUAAGAGUGUACAAGUUACGCUAUUUGUGUUUGAUUUUUCCCCCUGACUUGUAGCCAGCUUGUGUAAGAAUACUUGCAGAACGAGAAAGUUUAAAAAAAAAAAAAAGAAGAAAAAAAGGAAAAAAGAACAAUACUCACACUAUCAAAUCUGUUAUAGAGUGUAUAAUUGUAUUAACACUGAAGCCUGACUGGCUACUUUUUUAACAUAUUGUUAAGUAAUAUUAAAAUCAUGUCUUUCUUUUUGAAAGAUGGAAUACAUUAGUAUGGCAGAAGA